UCGCUUCUUCUCAACAUGUCCGCCUCAAGACUAUUCAGACCUGCCUCCAGGCUAUUGUCAUCGCGGUCCGCCAUUCCUUCGAUCAUUCGUCCAUCAGUCCGACAGGCCGCACCUCUUUCCCUCCCGACGAUACGCGGAUAUGCCUCGGAGUCGAACCAGACGUUUACUGUUCGAGAUGCAUUGAACGAAGCACUGGCCGAAGAACUCGAGCAGGAUGAGAAGGUCUUUAUCAUGGGUGAAGAGGUUGCCCAGUAUAACGGUGCUUACAAAGUGACGAAAGGCCUUCUUGAUCGUUUUGGACCCAAGAGAGUGAUCGACACACCCAUCACGGAGUCUGGCUUCUGUGGCCUGGCUGUCGGUGCAGCUCUGGCUGGCUUACAUCCUGUUUGCGAAUUUAUGACCUUCAACUUCGCCAUGCAGGCCAUUGACCAGAUCAUCAACUCCGCAGCCAAGACACAUUAUAUGUCUGGCGGUAUCCAGCCCUGUCCCAUUGUCUUCCGAGGCCCGAACGGAUUCGCCUCUGGUGUCGCCGCACAGCACUCACAGGAUUACAGCGCCUGGUAUGGAAGCAUUCCGGGCUUGAAAGUGGUUGCACCUUGGUCGGCGGAGGAUGCCAAAGGUCUUCUGAAAGCUGCCAUCCGAGACCCUAACCCUGUGGUUGUCCUAGAGAACGAGCUGCUUUACGGUCAGGCUUUCCCAAUGAGCGCAGAAGCACAAAAGAGCGAUUUUGUCAUUCCUUUCGGCAAAGCGAAGAUUGAGCGACCGGGCAAGGACUUGACAAUCGUGACGCUCUCACGCUGUGUUGGCCAAGCUCUGGACGCAGCCGAGCAACUGAAGAAGAACUACGGUGUUGAGGCUGAGGUCAUCAACCUGCGCUCAGUCAAACCGAUGGAUGUGGAGGCCAUCAUUAAGUCGGUCAAGAAGACCGGUGCCCUGAUGGCAUUGGAGUCAGGCUUCCCUGCUUUCGGAGUAGGUGCUGAAAUCCUGGCAUUGGCUGUGGAGUACGGUUUCGACUACCUUCAGGCACCUCCUGUCCGUGUGACAGGUGCAGAGGUGCCCACACCGUACGCACAGAAAUUGGAGGAGAUGAGUUUCCCUCAAGUCGAUACCAUCACCAAAUACGCUGCGAAGCUCUUGAGAGUAUAAUUGGACUCGAAUGUCUCGGCUCGAUAUCAGUCAGCACGUGUAUAUUAGCGAAGCGUUGAUCAAAAUUCGGGAGCUGGAUCUGGUCGCUUUGGUGUUGUUUUGGUGGCUGCGUGGAGGCCAUGCAGGCUGCAUCUUAUUCUCAGCUUCGGAUAAUGCAUGUAUUGCAUGACACAGAAGUGGUGUGACCUGAAGAGGAGAAAUAAUGGCCAUGUCCUCAAUUGGCUUCACGUCCGAGUGAACGUAACCUCGCCCAUGACAUGGUUGAGGCCACUCCGUAUGACGGCACUGAAGAGGCCACCCGGAUCAUCUUGCAAAUCUCUCAUCUCGGUGGACUUAUGAGACAGAGGAGAUCGUUGGAGGCCACAAUACAACGGUGAUGAGGGUAUCAAUGGGCAAUGUUUAGCACUAUUUGGUACAUAUGUUCGUUCACCACUCCCAAUAUAGAAGUAAAGGUGAUACAGUACCUCGUGUCCAGACUCGGCCGGGAAGCUGAA